UUGACAGCUACUGGUAACUUUGUUUACCUCCGGGUGAUGCAGUUUGGUUCUCAAUUAUAGCAAAUCUUUUCAACUGUGACCAAAAUGUCCUUUAAAUGUUGUAGGUGAGGUGCCAGUACACUAAGAACAAUUAUAAAUUGAGCAGCAAUUCCACUACGCGCACGAUUGCUCCAUCAGAUAAAAGCACAAAGUCCAAAACGUAAACAAAGUUACCACCAACUGUCAGAAAAUUUCAGAAGGGGAAAUGCAGUGAAUCACCUGGGCUGGACGACAAUAAUAAAAAUAUUCUUAUUCGGUGAUAUUUUCUAUCUUUUUACGCGAAUUACCUAUAAAACGGCAUUUCAUAAACACGACAAUUAUACAAUUUGUGUACGACACGGUUAAAGAAUGAGUGCCACAGCACUAGAAGCCAAACCAGCGGACGCUCCUGAGCAUUGUCCGGGAACGCAAAGCGAGGAUGCCGGCAAAGCGUCUGCCUGUGCUGGUUGCCCCAACCAGCAGAUCUGCGCCAGUGGGCCAAAAGGUCCAGAUCCGUCACUGGCACUGGUCAAAGAGAAACUGCAAGAGGUUCAAAACAAAAUACUUGUUCUAUCCGGUAAAGGCGGAGUAGGAAAAAGUACCGUAACAGCACUCCUAAGCCGGGCGAUGGCUCAUUCGAAUCCGGAGAAAAACUAUGGCGUACUAGAUAUAGACAUUUGUGGCCCAUCGCAGCCUCGAGUUCUUGGUGUAUUGGGGGAACAGGUGCAUCAGUCAGGUUCCGGCUGGUCACCGGUUUUUAUCGAGGACAAUCUCAGUUUGAUGUCGAUCGGUUUCCUACUGGGGAGCCCUGACGACGCCAUCAUUUGGCGUGGACCCAAGAAAAAUGGAAUGAUUCGGCAGUUUCUGACAGAGGUUGACUGGGGGCAGUUGGACUAUUUGGUGCUAGAUACACCACCGGGAACAUCGGAUGAACAUUUAUCGGCUACGACGUUCCUAAAGGAGACGGAUGGUAGUUGGGGUGCUGUGCUGGUAACGACACCCCAAGAAGUGGCUUUGCUGGACGUGCGAAAGGAAAUUACAUUCUGCAAGAAGAUGGGUAUUCCAGUGGUCGGAGUGGUGGAGAACAUGUCCGUGUUUGUAUGUCCCAAAUGUACCACAGCAACGGAUAUUUUUCCGGCCAUGACGGGUGGUGCGGAAAAAAUGUGCCAGGAGAUGGACGUUACGUUUCUCGGAAAGCUGCCUCUGGAUCCACGUUUGGCCAAGUGCUGUGACGAGGGCAAGGAUUUCCUCACAGAAUAUUCAACAAGCCCGAUGGUGGUUGUGCUCAAUCAGAUUGUGGCGAAGGUGCAAGAUUUUUUCGAUAAAUAGCUUGGAAACUAGGUUGAACUAUUCUUAAAUAAACAUUCUUAUAACAUCUAAA